AUGAAUUAUUCUAGAGGAAUAUUAUUUAUGGAUUGCGUAAAGGCCUCCAGUGCCUAUGUUGUUGUAAAAUGGUGCUCUCAAAGAUCAGACACACUCAUAGAUGAUCGUCACAAUAUUGUCAAACCUGGAAUGGUCGUGGGUUUCUGCCACCCAUUGUUGGACAUGACCGUGGUAGGAAACGAAAAUAUAUUGAAAAGGUACGAUCUGAAGAGCAACGAUGCAGUUUUGGCGGGUGAAAAACAUAUGGGCAUAUAUGAAGAACUAGCAAAGGAUCCGAGCGUACAUUACUCUGCUGGGGGUUCCGCUCAAAACUCAUUAAGAUUCAUCCAGUGGGUAUUAGAGGAACCGAAUUCGGUUACUUUCUUUGGUGCAGUCGGUAAUGAUCGGUACAGCGAAAUUCUGACACGCGAGGCGAUCCGGGACGGACUGGACGUAAAAUACCAAUACCAUUCUGACAUACCUACUGGAACAUGUGCUGUCAUUGUAACAAACGGUGGAAAAGACCGAUCACUGUGCUCUAAUUUAUCAGCAUCGUGGAAUUUAACGGAUGACCAUUUAGAAGUCCCAGAAAACCAGAAAAUAAUUGAAAAUGCAGAGUUUUAUCUAGUGACUGGCUUUUUCUUAGUAUCAAAUCCAGGCACGGUCGAAAAAAUUGGAAGAAUCGCCGACGAACGGAAUCGUCCGUUAUUGUUCAACAUGAGUGCUCCAUAUAUUUUCCAAUCGUAUUUCGAUUCGGUUAUGACAAUUUUUUCAUAUAUAAAUAUUAUUAUUGGAAAUGCCGAAGAAGCUAAAGCAUUUGCCUUUGCAAAUAACUGGAAUACAACCGAUAUAGAAAUGAUCGCAAGCAAGAUGAGUACAUUUAAUGUUGGAAAACAAGGGUAUCGCUUAGUUAUUUUAACUCAAGCCGAAAAACCAGUUAUCGUAGCAUUGAGAGGUCUAGUUUCAAAAUUUAAAGUACCAAAAAUAGCUGACCAAGAUAUUGUGGACACGAGUGGAGCUGGCGAUGCCUUCGUUGGCGGUUAG